GAUUUGUUUGCGCAACAGUCAGUGCAGCGGAGCCGCCAAAGUGUCUAGACUGUCACAUGACUGCCGACAGCCAAUAGGGCGCCAGCUGUUGGGCCCGAGUGUGUGAGAGAGCGUGAGCACAAAGAGACGGAUCAGUGUGCAGGGACCAGACCGAGGGAGCACGGAGCAGCCUGCACGUUACCGGGGGAUUGUGUACGACGCGCCGGGAGCGUGUGUGACAGAGCAGGGCGCUCACUCUCCACGCCUGUAAGAAGCCAUUUGCUGAAUCGCUGUGCAAGGACCGGGAGCCCAGCAGCAGCUUGCAAGGGCCAGGUAGCCGGAGCGCCAGGACAGGGGGUUGUGGAGCACUGGCCCCCCCGCUGCUCCGUGCAUGAGAUCCCCCGCUGCAGGGCUGAGCCAGGGUCAGCGGCUCCCAUGCAAAACGUGACUGAAGCAGCAGCUUCCCAAGCCCGGAGCGGGCGCACUGGACACCCGCAGCCCUGAGCCUGACCACGGCGCUGCUGCAUCUUCUCUACCUAUCUACCUACCCACCAAGUCCCGGGCCGCAGCAUCCCACCAGCCCGGCUGCGCACUGUGGUCCCCAGGAUGCUGGAUGUGCGCUGCCCGGAGUUCCAUCCCUGCCGAGCUAUGUGACAGCUCCGGAGACCGGCACACAGGAGGGAGAGAAGAUUCUGCCGCCAGCGGGGAGUCUGCGAGAUGUGACCCGAGCGGCCACCCCAGCCGUCCAGCCCCGUGUAUCCUCCUCGGCCCGCCUGCCCUCCCGGGAGCCGUCCUCUGAGCGCUGCGCUCCCCCUGGGUGUUGCAGGGCGCAGCCACACGGAUACGCAGCGCAGUGUCCCCCCGGUGCAGGAGGGGGGGCAGCCGCCGGCGCUCUGCCUGCAGAGUACAGCAGUGGCCCCGCACAGCGCCGUGCCCACGGAGAGCCCUUCCCGGCUGUGCCACCCCCGCGCAGCCCCAUGCCGGCACCCCCAGCUGGCCGCGGCCACUGAGGCUACGGUGACCCGGGCACAUUCCCGGGGGCGCCGCAUGUUCAAGUCCAGACGCACCGGGCUGGUUCGGCGCCUGUGGCGGAGCCGGGCGGGCGGCGAUGGGGGAGUGUCUUGUUGCGGUCUGUCCGAGCCGCCCGCCGGGUCCACGGAGCUACGGUCCGCUGCAUCGGGCGUCCUGAAGCGUUUGAAGGAGCAGGCUCUGUGCGCGCUGCUGGAGGCCGUGGAGUCCCGGGGAGCGGCGCCCGGAGGAUGCGUGCUGGUAGCUCGGACGGGGUCCCCUCCGCACCUGCUGUUCUGCAGACUCUUCCGCUGGCCAGAGCUGCAGCAUCCCGGGCAACUCAAAGCUCUGAGCGGGUGUCAGGGAGCCGGAGGACCCGACAGCAACAACGUGUGCUGCAACCCCUACCACUACAGCAGGUUGUGUGGACCGGAAUCGCCGCCUCCUCCAUAUUCACGUCUCUCUCCAAAGUUUGAGCAAAACCCUCUGGAUCUCUCGGAUUCAUACACUGAAAUGGAUGCCUCAAGCUCACUGUGUAUCACUGCUGGUGAUGUCUCAGACACCAGCCUCUCUCUUGAUGCAAGCAAGCAAGGGCAUUGGUGCAGUGUAGCGUAUUGGGAGCACCGGACACGUGUGGGCCGUCUCUACGCCGUGUGCCAGCCUUCAGUCAGCAUCUUCUAUGACCUACCUCAAGGGAGUGGCUUCUGCCUGGGCCAGCUGAGCCUGGAGAAUCGGAGUGAGGCUGCAGCCAGGACACGGGGGAAGAUCGGACUUGGUAUUCUGCUAAGCAAAGAGGCGGAUGGGGUGUGGGCCUAUAACCGCAGUGACCAUCCCAUUUUUGUUAACUCUCCAACGCUUGAUGCACCCACCUGUCGAUCCCUUGUUGUGCGAAAGGUGAUGCCUGGAUAUUCCCUCAAAGUGUUUGACUAUAAAAAAUCGUGCGUCCUUCAGCAUCUCCCCCCACCCCCUGAAUUCGCAGAUGGACCUUACGACCCUCACAGUGUACGCAUCAGUUUUGCAAAAGGCUGGGGGCCAUGCUACUCUCGUCAGAUGAUCACUUCAUGUCCUUGCUGGCUGGAGGUCCUGUUGGGGCGGUAGCAAUCGGUCUGUGUACCCCACUUCCUUCAAUUGAUAUAUAAAUAAGGAAGGAUAUGUACCACUGUGAGCAGACAAGUUGAGUGGGUGAGCGCCCUUGGUAAACGCCUUAGCUGUCAGGGAGGCAUGUAUUCUCAUGCUCAGAGCUGUCUAAGCACUACACCUCGUGCCUCUUUGUCAGAAGAUGGGGUUUUCCGACUCAAAACACAAAGUAACUAUGGAAUGAAAGGGGAACCAUUGCCUAAGUUGUAUCAUCAUUAUGUUGUAGGGUAUAUACGCCAUUUUAUCCUGCAGAGAUUAAUACUUCAGCAUGGUUUUUAAGGAAUGCUGCUGCAAACAGCUAUAACAGAUUGGGUGGUGCACAACUGUACACAGCUUUACAAAAUGACGCCCCCUUUGCUCACUAACAGGAGUUGCAGAAUGCCAUGUGACAAACCUUUCAGGUGCCAUAUUUAUUAACCUCUUCCUUACAGCAGAGGCCUGGAACUGCCUUGCUUGCUUUGAGUUUUAUCCUGCUUUGCAGUGUUCUGUAGGCCUCUGGUAGGGAAUGGGUUAAUCUCCUUGUGAACAGCAAGGUCCCACCCACCUACUACCCCUCACAGUUUUCAGCGUGGAAUCCCCCCCACACACACACACUCCUCCUUACAGAGAGAUUCUCCCAAAUACCAUGCCCUAGAUUUAAUAUAAAAUGUUUUAUAUAUUAUAUGGAAAUAUAUAUUAUACUUGUAAAUACGGAGUCAUUUUUACAAUGUCAUUAUUUAUGUAUGGUGCAAUGUGUAUAUGAACUUAAAUACAAAUAAAAUGCACUUUGGCUUUUACAGUUCUUCCAGCACAGAAUCAAUAAACAAAAUCAAUAUAGUGAAAA